AUGCCUCGAACGGCCGGUCCUCCCUUCAUCGCCAGUCGUGCGAACACGGUGCUCAGCCAGUCAGUCAGUCAGUCAUGCGCCGCUGGUCCUGUCCCGUCUCUCGUCCCGUCUCCCCCGUCCCUAGCUGGCCAUGCGAGAAACCUCGACCGUUCGGAGCGAGCCAGAGGCACGAGACACGUUCAACAGCCGCCGGUAACCAUUGGUAAACUGACGGCGGUACUGUAUCGCUGGGUCGUAAUAUGCCUGUGGCAGGUCCCGCGUCAUGCCUUUGGCUUAUACACCAUGCAUGUGGGUGGCGCCUCAUGGAUGCACCUUGGACCUCCGCACGCCGCCCCAAAGCCCCAGUCGCCCGCGGCUGGGCCCUUCUGCGACUGCGGUCCAGAACCGACUGCAUGGGGAAGGUUCGCAGAUGCAUUGUUCCCUCGCUCUCCUCUCGGCCCAAUUGAGACCAUCAAUGCAGGGCUACGCGCUAGACUCGCCAAUGGGGAGCGUGGUGGGAUGCGCCUAGGGAAGGCCAGCUAUUGUUUGCUCCCAGCUCACCGUCUGGGGGCUCACAAUGGGAUCCCUGGAGGCGGCUUGGCUGGUCAUCGGUCAUCGGCCGUUGGGGCAUGGCUGCUUGGCUCCUUGGCUGCUGCUUGGCUGGGACAGUCGUCAUCGGUGACGGUGAUGCAUCAUCGUGUACGAGAUGCUUGCCGAUAUCAUCGGAGCGCAAAUCGUGGGCAAUAG